GUCCCGACCUCUCUCUCCCAUUCCUUUCCUCUCUCAUCGUGCACGCGGACGCCACAGGGAAUGGGUUGCGGACCCUCCUCUUCUCGAGCGCAAGUGUCGGCGCUACCGCCGGCUGCUCCACCAGGCGACCCCAUCACCAAGUAUGUGCAGCUCGAGGUGGACGACAAGACCAGCCCGGUGCACCAGAUCAACUGCCACACCAACAUGACCAUGGAGGAAUUCAACCACGCCGUCAACGUGGCCUCCGGAGCCACCACUCGUCAAGAGGGUCUGUUGGGGGAGCAUGUCAAGUGGCUCAAGACCAGCGGCGGCACUGUGGGUGGCUUGCUGUAUGGUCGGGGGGACACUCAGGAGAACCUAAUCGUCAUCGUCAUCCAAACCCAGUCUCAGAACGGUCAGUGAGUGACGACCCGCAGCAGACGAACAGACAAGACACACCAUCGUUGUUUGUGUUGAUCCAGAGUCGGACGCACGGACUGCGGCCAGCACGAGGAGCGCCCAGAUGUGCCAUCUGUGUCUGGAUGACUCCGGAUCAAUGCGCGGAAGCCGGCUGCAGAAGGGCAAGAGCGCACUCAAGGCCCUCCAGCCUCGACUCGAUGUCACGCCCACCAAUGUGCAUCUGAUCGGCGGCACUAGCAACAGCCGGCUCAUCUACCGCCACACCGACAAACUGACGGCGCGCGGCUUGGACAAGGCGUGGACGGCAAAUGGUGGUGCAACAUACCUGUGGGAGUACGUUUACAAGUCGACGAUGGACUACAAGGACCAGGAGCACGAUCUGAUCAUCAUCACUGAUGGGGAGGACAACCACUCCCCAGCUCCAUUCAGAGGACUCACCGGCUUCAACGAGCUCAUGACACGCAUGAAGGGGUAAGCACAAAGAGCGGAUCGUUCGACAUACACACACAUUCUCUCUCUCACUGUGUCUGUCCCUGCGUGUGGUCUGUUCUCCUCUCCUUCAGCAACAUCCGUGUCUCGUUGCUUCUGAUCGGCAGCGGCCUGAGCGGCUCGCAGGCCAAAGUGUACCACCACCUCUGCCUGGCCACCGGUGGCGUCUACCACCACCAGCCCGACAACGACAACGACUUCUCGCUGGUCAUGCAGCAGUUCGUCACGCCACUGCUGCUCACACAGGCCGAGCGGGAGACUGUGGCGUUUGAGCAGAGGUGCGAGUACGAGAACCUGGUGGCCAAGGGGGAGGCGACGCAAUUCGACUGGUACAAGCCGAUUGACAACAAACCAGCGGCAGAUGCAGCCGACAAGCCAGUGGCGGAUGCCUCCACAUGACGAGAGAAGGAUGACUGGUGGUGGGUGCUGUAUGAGUUCGAUUGGUGGUCUGUGUGUGGUUUGUCUGUGCAUUGCAUUGUUGGGUGGUGGGUGUGUUUCUGUGACUGCAUCAUUCUGUAGGACGUAGGCGUAGGUAGGUAGGUUGUGUGUGUGUCGCUGUCUGUCUGUCUGUCAUCUCUCUAGGACACGGGACGUACGCAUGUAGUUGUGUGUUGUGCGAUGUAAUGUACAAGAUCGAUCCGAUCGAUCAUGUGUGUCAUUUUAUCAGUCAGUUGUGCCUGCUUUGCUCGUCGUGUGUGAGAUAUGUGGUGGGUGCCUUUGGUUGUGGUGUAUGCCUGCACUCGGUGCAGGUAGCUCCGUACGAUCGCUGACGGCUGCAUGCCCUCAUGUAUGGCACCAACUGUGGACCCGGAACGGUACUCGUGAUUCUCGUGAUUUGUCUUUGGUGCCUGAUGGGUUUGCUUGAACAAACAAAU